AUAUAUACACGUUCGACUCGGGUCGAUCGUCAGUAUCAAGUCUCUGAAACACGACAUAAACACAAUAAAUAUGUUGAAUGGAUCGACCGGAACUAAUGAAGAUAACCGGUCGAUUCGACAAUAUGGAUUUAAUUCAAGAUCAUAUAAACCACACAACGUCAUGAUGUUGAUAAAUAAAGUAUUUGAAAGGCACAAGAUAAAAUUUGAACUUCGAUAUGAAGUCAACAAUUGGAGGAUAUUAUCCCUCAGAGAGUUCGUCAGUGGGAUACGAACCUGUGAUGAAGAAGACGGACCAGUCUCGAAUUGCAAGUUUCUUUUCAUAUCCUUAUCCUUCCGCAAUACCUGGUAUGGUACUGGCGGAAGCAGGGUUUCAUUACGAUGGGCAUGGUGACGCGGUGGUUUGUCGUCAGUGUGAAUUGAAGUACAGUGGAUGGAAUAAGACAGAUGACCCGAGAAAUAUACAUCUGACGAAUUCUCCCAAGUGCCCAUUCUUUCAAACAAGAGAACCGAAAGAUUUGUGUGGUUCUAAAACAACAGAAUAUGAACCUGGAAUUAGCAUGGAGAAUUCUGAGAAAGUACAAUUGUCCGGUGCAUGUGGAGGACUAUCUGAUCGUCCAGUUGAGCAAAGAAUUGAGAAUCAAAUACAUCAACAAACAAACACCAACAUGCACACUAACAGCACAGGUCUUCAUGACUCAAACAAAGGAGAAACAAAUGAAGAAUCACGGAAAUCAGCACACCAAUCAAAUCUUGCCAUUGAUGUUAGUUUGGAACAAAACCCAAAAAGGAAUGAUUCAGAUUUGUCUGAGCAUAGGGAGGGGGCAAUGCAUUCUCUGCCUGAGCAAUGUAUCCGCAAUACAGUUUAUGGUAACCAAAUGCCAACAGAACAGUGCGAGCAACAUGAUGAGUUAGAGGAGAGACUUACACUAGCAUCACGUGGUCAGAGUCGUACCGAUAAUUUAUCUAACACAAGCCACGAUUCAACAAGUCAUACAAUUACAAACUCAGAUUUGACUGGACCUUUGGAAACUAUCCGACCAAAGUAUCAGCAGUUUGCAAUACUCGCUACCCGUCUGAGUUCCUAUCGAAAUUGGCCAACGAGUCUGAAUCAACGUCCCGAGGACCUGGCUAAAGCUGGCCUCUUUUAUGAGGGGACAAAUGACUACGCGAGAUGUUUCCAUUGUGGAGGAGGAUUGCGUGAGUGGGACCCGGAAGAUGAUCCAUUCUACGAGCAUGCGCGCUGGUUCCCGUUCUGUCCAUUCCUGAGACUGAUUAAAGGUGACAAGUUCAUCAUGGGUGUCCAAUCAGGAACACUUAAACCACCAAGUAUACAGCAUGAGGAGCCAAAACAGGCAAACGAAAUAAACCUGUUUGAACACCCGGCUGUGCUUAGCAUCAUGGAGCUCGGCUACAGUAAAUCUCUGCUGGCAAAAGCGAUCACAGUUUACAGAAAACGACACGGAGCGGAUCUAAGUGCAGAAAGGUUAUUACCUGUUGUCUGGGAUAUCGAGGACAAUGAUGAUGCUGACUCUGUCCUAGACAGCGAGUUUUCUGAAACCGACGAGAUAAACCAUAUCGAGACAGAAAAGGAAAGUAAAAGUGAGGACAGGAAGCUAGAAACGGCGCAGAACAGUACACAUAUGACAAGUAUUGAUGAGCUUACAGAGGAAAACCGGGAACUUCGUGAACAGAAGACGUGUAAGGUAUGUCUAGACGAGGAGGCCAGUAUAGUGUUCCUACCCUGUGGACAUUUGGUCACGUGUCCAAUGUGUGCUUCAGCUUUACGAAAGUGUCCAGUGUGUCGGACUUACAUCCGGGGCACCGUCAAGGCUAUCAUAUCUAUCGAUACUCAGCAAAAUGCUUCAAGAGGAACAUACAAUCAUUUGGAACAUUAUAUAAACGAAUUUGUGAAAAAAACUAAGGUCAUGGAUAACUACCUAACAAGACUUGCGACCUUUUUUUCUUUUCCGUUUCCGUCCCCGGUUUCAACAACUGCUUUGGCCGAGGCAGGCUUUCAUUAUACAGGAAAUAAGGACGAAGUUGAUUGUCAUAUUUGUAAAUUGAAAUAUAGUGGAUGGCAGAAACAUGACAUUCCUUUGGCUAUCCACGAGGCCAUGUCUCCUGAUUGUACAUUUGUGUUAAAAACAGAUGGUAAAAUGUACAAUGAUGGUCAGAGUAAAUCGAUAUCAUUACCAAACUCUGUUGAAAAUCAGCAAGAAGGAAUUAAAUGUGUGACGGGAGAGGGUUUAUUUAGCGGGAAAUUGGAUCGUGACUCGGUAGGGGGCGCAGUGGGAGGACCAUUAGACCACGUGACUAACAUAACAAAUGAGCGAAUAAGAGUUUCUGGCCAACAAGCAGCUACUGCCCGCUUACCCGAAACAGACACAACAAAAUGUACUGAGGGUAGGAAUCCUCCACAAGACCUGACCGACUCAUUGUCACCUAAUAGCAGUUCAUCAACAGGUCAACUCAGUGGUCAUGUCACGGAAAAAAUGAACAUGAUGAAACUAAACAUUGCUGAUAAUAGAUCAGACGGAAAAUGUGCACAUCGACUCCUGCAAAUUGAUGAACCAACCAUUGGUUCACGUGUACCAGAGAGAUCCGGAGAGGAUUAUCCCAUUACGGCACGGUCAGAACAAGAGCAUGUAAAUGAUACCGAAACAAAUGUCGGUAUAGACUCGCAAAUAUCACAAGAGCUAACUACAGUCCAUCCGCGGUAUCCCCAGUUUGCAAUACUAGCUGUGCGUUUGGCAUCAUAUAAAAAUUGGCCAACAAAUCUCAGACAAAAGCCAGAAGAGUUGGCUAAAGCUGGGCUGUUUUAUGAAGGUACCAACGAUUACGUGAGGUGUUUCCACUGUGCAGGUGGAUUACGCGAAUGGGAACCCGAAGAUGAUCCAAUUAUUGAGCAUGCGCGGUGGUUCCCAUUUUGCGAGUUCUUGAGACUGAUAAAAGGUGAUCAGUUCAUUAUGGGUGUUCAAGCAGGGACCAUCAAAGCAGAACCAAAGGUACAAUUCGAAAAACAAGUAGCGCCUAAACAAGAAUACCCAUUCGAUCAUCCGGCCGUUCUUAGUGUGAUGGAAAUGGGCUACAAGAGGGAGACAAUAGCUAAGGCCAUCCAGUUAUUCAAUAAAGGAAAUGGUAACACAUUGAAUGCUGAAACACUGUUGUCACUUGUCUGGGAGAUAGUAGAAAAUGAUGAGUAUACCUCUGAUGACGAACAAAACAACAGAACCAAAGAAAUGAUUCUAGACGAAAUACCGGGAAAAGAAGAUGAUGUUGUGUCUUGUGAACAACAUGUUGUAAAAGAUUUAGAUCAGCUUGAAGAGGAAAAUCGAGCACUACGGGAAAGAAAAACAUGUAAGGUUUGUCUGGACGAGGAAGCUAGUAUCGUUUUCCUUCCUUGCGGACAUUUGGUCACGUGUCCAAUGUGUGCGUCAGCCUUAAGGAAGUGUCCGAUAUGUAGAAGUUUUAUCAGAGGGACAGUGAAGGCAAUUGUAUCGUAACCUUGUCAUAUUUGCGAUCUGUUGUAAUCGUCAUGGUUUAAAAAUCUGACAUAUUUGAACACUGUUAGAUAUAGCUUUAUUACCACUUAUUUGUUGUAAUAUGUUGUGUUACAUCAUUGUUUCAUCAAGGUAUAUUAUAAGUAGAUAUUUCCUUCUGGUUGGUAAAAUAGUUGGCAUACACAGUGAAAUAUUUAGGUAUGACGUUUCAAUGACUUGUACGGUGUGUAUUUGUCAUGUUCACAAGGACUUUAUGCUUUUCUGGUACGAUUCGUUUGUUGCAUCCUAGAUCCAGGCGUAGAAUAUAGGUACAUACGUUUUAACAGGCAAUUUAGUUUACCAUACCUACUCUAUAGCUAAAGACUUUUAAGACAUGAAAUCUAAUCUAAGUCUAAAUGUGGCAUACAGUUCGAUAAAAACAUUUUGCGCGUUAAAGAAAUAUUCAAGGACUAUUUAUUGAUAUGGUAAAUUGCUUAGUGACGGCUUUUCGCAUAUUUCGACGUAAAUUUGUGAAUUAAUUAACA